UUCCUAAUCCUUUUUCCCUCUCUUCUCUUACCUCCAAUUUCCCCACUUCUUAUUACGUUGAUUCCUUGUUGUUGCUGAGGUGUUUUUAUCAAAGCGUUGAGCUCCAUCUCCAGGUGCUUAUUGUUGUAAUUUCAUCCUUUUCCGAACGCAAUUCUCAAUCAUCGCAAAAAUACAACUGCGGUCCGCAAGUGAGCCGACAUUAAUUUUCGCAUUUUUUGAGUAUAAAUUGUGAACCGUAAAGAACGUACAUAUAUAUGGACAAACUCACACAGUACGAGCGCGUUUUCAACCACUUUGACGCCGAUGGCGACGGGAAGAUAUCGCCAUUGGAGCUGCAAACAUGCGUUGGUUCAAUCGGCGGGGAGCUUUCGGAGGCGGAGGCGGAGGCGGCAAUGGACUAUUUGGACUCUGACGGAGACAGAUUAUUGGGUUUGGAUGACUUUGUGAAGUUUUUGGAAGGAGGGAGAGAAGAGGAGAAGGUUAAGGAUUUGAAAGAGGCUUUUAAGAUGUAUGAGAUGGAGGGGUGUGGGUGUAUUACGCCCAAAAGUCUAAAGAGGAUGCUUAGUAGACUUGGUGAGUCCAAGAGUAUUGACGACUGCAAGGUUAUGAUUGCUAGAUUUGAUCUCAAGGGUGAUGGGGUUCUCAAUUUUGAUGAGUUUAUGGUCAUGAUGUCGUGAUAUAUGUACAUAUACACAUCGAUCUUCAUACUGUUUUUUUUUUUUUUAAUUCACUUAUUCUUUUAUUGUCUUAGUCCAUUUAUUAUUAAUUAUUUCUUGUCGUAUUCAUUCUUCUAGAUUAAUCUAGUGCUUUCUAAACGCGCGCGCUAAGGCCUAAGCCUCACCAUGCUCUUAGCUGCCUUAACCUGCCCUUGAUCUAUAUAGGUUUAUGCAGUUUCAACUCCCAGCAGUUUCUUGCUUAGCCAAGAAAACUUUAAACUAGAAAAGCAAUUGGUGCACAUAUAUAUAUAUAUAUAUAUAGUGUAAACAUGUUGCAAAAGAAACAAGUAAAAGAAAUUGGAAGCUAAUUUUCUGAUCACUAACAAAAUUUACGAUCUCA